CACGCAUGCAGAAAUGAAGACUGGAAAAGAAAUGGGUUCGACAAUCGUUUGUGGGUGUUCAGCGUUGCAAGAGACGUUUAGAAGUCGUGGAUGUUGCACAAGCGGUUACAAUGAUCGUCGUUCCAACAUAGUUGCCGCUUUCAACCACGUUCGCGACAACAUCGAGGAACUCGGAAAACUCCAAGUCGCAGCCGACGACACUGAUCUACUUUUCCUGAAGGGUCUACUUGACAGUCCCGUUGUCACUUCGCUGAUUAAGGUUCAAGAUCGCCUAGAAGACUCGCCGGCCGGUUUUGCGAAUCCAGUUUGCCAGGCGUGUGACAUAGUUGACGAUAUUGUGCACGGUUUCAAAUCAUCACCCGAUCAAAACGCAAGGGAAUUGACGAGGCUCUUAAAGAACCCACAUUUCAAAGCCCUGCUCGAAACCCACGACGCGGUCGCCGAACGUCGCGACGCUGCUUCGACGCCUGAUCAAUCAUUCGUAACCAACAAUAUGCCGGCCGAUGACAGAACCGUUGCUGUUAGGGUCGUAGGGCUGCGAAGAAACCAAGACGAGCCAUUGGGACUGACGGUGCAAGUCGACGAUGUAGGAAACCUCGUGAUAGCGAGAAUCUUGGGUGGUGGUACAGCGGCGCGUCAGGGUCUCUUGAGGGUCGGUGAAAUAGUUUUAGAAGUUAACGGAAAAGAUGUUCACACACCGGAUGAACUGCAACAAGCGAUACAUGAAGCCAAGGAGAACCUGACGUUGAAAUUGGGACCAGGACUCACCAACGACGGUUCAAGGCCCCUAAAAUCCACGUGUUACAUGCGAGCUCUUUUCGACUAUGAUCCAUCCGAAGACACGUUGCUCCCAUGCCGAGAGAUCGGUUUACCGUUCCAGAAAGGAGACAUCCUGCAGAUAGUCGAUCAAGCAGAUCCAAACUGGUGGCAGGCUCGCCGAGUUGAGGGCGAUGGUUUGGGUGCUCCUGGUCUGAUUCCCUCGCUGGAACUUGAGGAACGUAGAAAGGCGUUCGUUCCACCAGAGGCAGAUUUCGUGCACAAGAUAAGCAUCUGCGGCACAAGAAUAUCGAAGAAGAAAAAGCGCAAGAUGUACCAGUCGAAGUUGAAUGGGCAGUUCGACAGCGCCGAACUUCUCCUUUACGAAGAAGUCGCCAGAAUGCCGCCCUUCAGACGCAAGACUCUAGCUCUCGUUGGGCCACGUGGCGUCGGACGGAGAACCCUCAAAAACAGACUCAUCAACAGCGACCCAGACAAGUUCGGCACAAUUGUACCAUACACAUCGCGACCUCCAAGGGUGUUGGAGGAAGACGGACGGAGCUACUGGUUCACGGACCGAGAAUCAAUGGAAUCUGAUAUACUGGAGCACCGUUACUUGGAGCACGGUGAGCACGGUGGGCACUUGUACGGAACGAGAUUGGAGUCGGUUCGUGAAUUGAUAAGGGCAGGGAAGAUGUGCGUGCUCGACUGCAGUCCGGCAGCACUGAAGAUACUCCACAACAGCACGGAGUUCAUGCCAUAUGUUAUAUUCAUCGCGGCACCUGGCAUGGAGCAGUUAAAAUCACUGUACGAUCUUGGAAGGUCGACUGGCGCCAGUAGCAGAAAUUUGACGUUUGACCGACAAAGCUCCAUCAGGUUUAGCUCAAGGCGAGCUCGCACCCUGGAAUCACUCGCAUCCCUAUACGAGGAGGACGACCUGAGAUCAACGCUUGAGGAAUCGGCGGCUCUACAGCGAGCGUACGAAAAGUACAUAGAUUUAGUUAUCGUCAACGAAGAUUUCGACCAGACGUUCAGACAAGUCGUUGCCGCCAUGGAGGCGUUGGCAACUGAGCAUCAGUGGGUACCGGUAAACUGGAUUUACUAGUACAUACGAGAAACACGUCCGCAAACAUCAGAAAAAAGAUUUAGUAUUUCUAUUAUUACACGCAUAUAUAUAUAUAUAUAUAUAUGUAUAACAGUAAUAUAUGUGUAAACUUAAUGCAAACAAGUUCAAAAAUAUAAGUGAAUAAAUAGUAAGAAUAAGCUAUAUAGGUAUAACUUUAUAGACAUUUUUAGUUCACCAUUCGUAACCUUACGUAUAUUGUAUAAGUGUAUGAGUUAUAGAUUAUGCCGUCCAAUAUUUUUAAGACACCGUAUUUAAUUAUUAGCUGUAUUAUAUAACUACAAUAUUGAUGUUAAUUAAUAUGAAAUAUAUGAUUGUGUGCGGUACCCGCACCUAUAUAAUUUCGCGUAAGAAUGAUAUCUCUGCAUUACAUACAUAUGUAUUAUAUGUAUUUAUUUAUAUUUUAUUUUUCUCUCCCUUAUAUUUGCCAUUGCUUUAUGAAAAUUACAAUAACAAUCAUAACAUUUCAAUAACAUUUCUUGACCGAUCAAUAUAUUAUUUUCUUUACGUUAUGUAUGAUGUACACAUAUUCUAAUAUAUUUUUGCGAUAUUUUCAAGUCACUAAUUAGCUCCGAAACUGGUUGUGUAACAUAUAUAUAGACAAGCAAUGAAGGUCAUGAGAAAUUUUCUUUCACUUUUAAUUUUCAUUAGCUGAAUAAACCCGUAAAUGUGCUUUUUGCAAUGAAAUAAUAUACUAGCGUAUAUAUAUAUAUCAUAUUUUUUCACAAACAUUUUGUCAUGUAUAUAUAUACCAACAUAUACAUAUACAUAUAUAUAUAUAUAUGUACACAUCAUAUACCAUCAUUUAUUUUUCACCUGUGUAAAUAGGCAACAGGUAAGAAAAAGCCACUUAAGAACUUUGUAACAAUAAAGAUUUAUUUGAAAAUU